GAGGUAAUGCGUGAAAAAGGAGCAACCCACUCUGCUGGAAUGUAUAAAAUGCUUCAACCUGGACCCGACCCUGAGCUACGCUAAUACUUUACCUGUUUAGAAGCUUUCCAACUACCUACAGGAAUAGACAGACUGCCUUAAGCUCUGUGACUUAACCUGUAGGUUUUGAUAGCUGGAAUUACAUCAUCAGUUAUAAUCAACAAAAUCAUUUAAGAGCUACUUUGAACAAAAAAAUAUGCUGAUCCUGUAUCUUAGCGUUUUCUGCUCCCUAACGAUUCUGCCCCUGGAUUGCUAUGAUUACGAAUCAAAUGAAUCCUAUGACGAUUAUUCAGAAGAAGAAGAGCUGGGUGAAAUUAACAAAGAACCAGAAGAUGAAGCCGGUCCCAUUCAUACAAGUGGAAUGUCACAUGCUUCAGAGCCUCUACAUGCAUACAUUGAGAUGUGUAAGAGGAAGAAGACACAGCAGUUCCAUUUAGAUGAUGGCAUCACUUCUAAUUCUGAGGAACCAGAGAAGCAUGACAUUUACAGGGGGUUUGAAAUAACAGAAAUGCAAUCUGUGGUGGAAGAGAUGUCUCGGACAAGCUGCAAGCCACGAGAGGUGUGUCUAGAUGUACUUGAGGAAUACCCAUUCACAACAAACACCUUUUAUAAACCACGGUGUGUUGCUGUGCACAGGUGUGGAGGGUGCUGCAAUGCAAUACAUGACAAUUGCUUCAACAUCAGCUUUUCAUAUGUCACUAAGUUGCUGGUUAAGUAUACACUGCCUGUGACAGAAGAGUUAAAAAUAAUUAAAGCCACAUUUAUAAAUCACACUGACUGCUUCUGCAAACCAAAAUCUGACACAAGAUUGUCUUUCCGUCCACGUAGAGGGAGGACUCCAGUGGAGGAAAAUAAACGCUGUAUCAAGAGUAACACAAUUUGCUUACUCGGCCAGUCCUGGGACCCUGUAAAUUGCCGCUGUGUCAGCCUAAAAACAAAACAAAGUUUACAACAGUGGAAAACAGAUGGCAGAGGAUACCCUGUUAAAUGGAGCAAAAAUGUAUACAUGGAUUUUGUUUUAUUCACAGUGUUUGUCACAGCCUUCCAAAUUAUAUGAAGUCCAGACUUUAAAUCUGAGCUGCACAUGGAAGUUAAGAACAUGCCAACAGAAGGGGGUUUGAAUGACUGCAUUGUUUGUUUUCUCCUUUAUACUUCAUGUGACUGAACAACAUGAAGCCAUCUACAAGAAUGCAGAUGUUUGCAGGAGCAUAAAGAUUGCUGCCAGUCUCUCUUAUUCACAGAAAUGUCUAUAGUUACUCAGUGUUAAAUACACAUUAUUGUAUCCUGAAAACUGACUGCCUGGGCAGGAUUCAUAAUGUCAUAAGAUCUCUGGACUGAGGAUUCAUAAUGUCAUAAGAUCUCUGGACUGUUUCAGAAUAUGGACUUAUUAUAGAUGGUAGUUAUACAGCUGUGCAUGUUUCAACUUUCCAUCUCUUACAGACUGCAGUCACUGGACUCUAUAGUGGUCAGUAGUCAGGGCUAUGUUGAACCUCUGUCAAAUAUGUCACCUAGUCUACUUUUCACACAAGUGCAUGUCCUCAAUUCCAGCUCAAGUGGAUCAUAGGAAAUUGUGCAGAUGUAACUGUAACCGAUGAGUGCCAGUGACACCACAUAAACACACACACACACACACAGACACACACACGCGCGCACACACACACACACACACA